AUGAGCGAAGCUGAUAAUCUUAAAGAACUGGGUGUUGUAGAAGACCCAGAUCAGUCAAGUAUGGGCAGACGCAUUGAGUGGAUGUCUAGAAGACAAACGUUAAUUACAAUUAUAUUAUUUGCUUUUUGCAAUAUUAUUUUAAUUAUGUUUAUGAUCUUCAGUCCACCAUUGUUCAUUACCCAGACCAAAGAGUUUACUUCUAAUAUAGAUUCAUCGGCAUCAAACAAAUUCCAAUUUAAAUUCAAGAAUUUGAAAUAUUUUAACAGUUUUAUCACACUCGACUUACGUUUUAAUCAGACGUAUUAUGAUGUUUACCAACCAAACGACACACAUCCAGUCAAAUUAUUAACCAGCGGAAACUUCAAAAUAGGAAAUACAAUUAUCGACACAAUUCCAAUAAAUGCAAGAGAAUACAAUAUUACCUUUAAUAAGGAUGUAAAUAUGUCCGAUAAAUUACGUCUUCUUGUUAAAGGUUAUAUCAAUUUCGAUACAAUUGAUUAUUCUGUAGCAAUUACACAACCACCAGGCUAUAAUCUUCCAGGAGAAUUUAUUUGGAAUUUUGCAGAGCCUUCAUAUUCCAUUUUGUUAUUCUUCUUGAGGCUUGUUUUUUGCAUUUUAUCAAUUUUCAUUUAUAUUCGCCUUCUUCUUUCAGAUGCCAAAUACGACAAAUCAAAUAUAAUUAUCAAGAUGGUCUUCCAAUUAUCCUUACUUCUCGUUUUCGCAUGCGAUCCAUUCUUUAUUUUAGCAUAUCUCACACAGACACCUUUCUUCAACUUAUUUGAUAUCUGCGUCUCAUUCUUUACUUUUACAUACACUGCAUUCGUGGCUUUGAUUUCUCUUUCCAUGAGAAAUCUCAGAUAUAGAGAUUAUUCGAAGAUUUGGAUCAUUUUCCAUUAUCUCCCAUUCUUCGCAACAUUUAUUUUCUUUACAAUUAACUCAUCUUUCAAUGUUAUUCAAGUUAAUAAGGAUCCGAUGUCAAAAGUCACUCCAUUAUUCCUUGGCUUUGGUAUUCUCAAGUUCGUUGUGGCCGGUGUAUACUUAUUAUCCAUAGUAAUCCAUAUUUUCUUGUUCAAGACAGAUAUACCAAACGAAAAACCAGCUUAUUCCUUAAUGAGCCUCAUAUUCUUUAUCACAGUAUUAUGUUGCGAGCUUUACAAUGUCUUAAAUCCAUAUUUAGGAACAGAUUCGGCCGCUCAAUCUUUCACAUUGAUUGCAACAGCCAUUUAUAUCUUUUUCUACCUCUUCAUUAACUGGCCUGUUGAACCUUCUGAGAUUGCAAACCCAGAUGUUGAGGCUCCUUUGGAUCCAUCAAUCCAAAUUGUUAAUGAAUAA